GUUUAUCUGGGUUUUAAUAAAAAGCGAAUAAUCCAUUAAAAACGCUACAGUUAAAUGCUAAGACGCACAAUGGCGGAAUUCGACGUGAAAGCCGGUUUGCAGCACGUGUUGAAGCGAAUUGACGAGGUGCUUCUGCAGCGUCCCAAGGAAGUGCAAGCUCCAAGACCCCUACUCGUCGCAGUUAGCAAAACAAAGCCAGCGGAGGCGGUAAUAGAGGCCUACGAGGCCGGACAAAGGGACUUCGGGGAGAACUAUGUGCAGGAACUGGAGGAGAAGAGCCGCCAUCCGGACAUCCUGGCCAAGUGUCCCGACAUCAGGUGGCACUUCAUUGGCCACAUGCAGAGCAACAAGAUCAACAAGGUUCUUUCGGUGCCUAAUCUGCAUAUGAUCCAAACAGUGGACAGUGAGAAAUUGGCCACCAAACUGGACGCAGCCUGGUCUAAAGUGCAGCCAACUCCUGAGCAGCCGCUGCAGGUGCUUAUCCAGAUUAACACCAGUGGUGAAGAUGUCAAGAGCGGCAUCGAAGCCAAGGAUGCCCCUGCACUCUAUCAGUUCAUCAGGAGCAACCUGAAACACCUGAACCUGAUGGGCAUAAUGACCAUUGGGGCCUUUGGCUUCGACUACAGCAAUGGACCCAAUCCGGAUUUUGUGUCCCUAAUGCAGGUGCACCGAUCCAUCUGCGAGGCGAACUCCUUUGCCCCCGAUUCGGUGCUCGUCUCCAUGGGAAUGUCCAAUGACUUCGACAAGGCGAUCGAAAUGGGCAGCACAGUGGUACGCGUUGGCUCUUCUAUUUUCGGCCAUCGGGCGGCCAAGGCGUGAGGAGAGGAGCGGAGAUGCCUGAGGAAUGCGCUGCGGGCACUGAAUACAGUUGAUUCCCAAUGACGUCCGACCUCCCGAAUGGGCAGCCUCCAAGUUCGCCUAUGUAUCAGGUGGAACUCUGUGUAUACCUAUAGUAAAUCUCGUUGAAGAUGAUUUGGCGUUUAUAUUUAGAAAACCAUGAGAUAAACAAAUGUUACGUGUGGGCUGUUAUAUUUCGCCCAAAUUUGAUUGUUAACCUCUCUCCACAAACAAAGCUUCCAGAGUGUCAAAACCAUUAAUAUUCCCAGAUACUUUAUGCACCUUGGAAAACUUAAUACAUUUGGCGCAGUUUUCAUUAAUUUUAA